AGCGUUGCGGUUCUGGGGCUUGGGUGGCUGCUGGAGGAUCGACUCGCGGUUGGGGUGGGCUGCGGGAUGAUGGAGGAAGAAGAACUGGAGUUCGCGGAGGAGCUGGAGGCCGUGCUGCAGCUCACGCCCGACGUGCAGCUAGCCAUCGAGCAGGUAUUUCCAAGCCAGGAUCCUCUAGAUCGAGCAGAUUUCAAUGCUGUGGAGUAUAUCAAUACCCUGUUCCCAACAGAGCAAUCUCUGGCAAACAUAGAUGAAGUUGUGAACAAAAUCAGACUGAAAAUAAGGAGACUGGAUGACAAUAUUCGAACUGUUGUAAGAGGUCAAACAAAUGUGGGGCAGGAUGGCAGGCAAGCCCUUGAAGAGGCCCAGAAAGCUAUUCAGCAGCUCUUCAGCAAAAUCAAAGAUAUCAAAGACAAAGCAGAAAAAUCAGAGCAAAUGGUUAAAGAAAUCACCCGCGAUAUUAAGCAGCUAGAUCAUGCCAAACGCCACCUGACCACCUCAAUCACAACACUGAACCACCUGCACAUGUUAGCAGGUGGCGUCGAUUCCCUUGAAGCCAUGACCAGGCGAAGACAGUAUGGAGAGGUUGCUAAUCUUCUUCAGGGUGUGAUGAAUGUUCUGGAGCACUUCCACAAGUAUAUGGGAAUUCCACAGAUCCGGCAGCUUUCUGAAAGAGUGAAGGCUGCCCAGACUGAGUUAGGACAGCAAAUCCUGGCUGAUUUUGAGGAAGCAUUUCCUUCCCAGGGUACCAAGAGGCCAGGAGGACCCAGCAAUGUCCUACGAGAUGCAUGUCUGGUUGCUAAUAUUUUGGACUCCAGAAUCAAACAGGAAAUCAUCAAAAAGUUUAUUAAACAGCAUCUGUCAGAGUAUCUAGUACUUUUUCAAGAAAACCAAGAUGUUGCCUGGCUGGACAAAAUCGACAGACGCUAUGCUUGGAUAAAACGCCAGCUUGUGGACUAUGAGGAGAAAUAUGGCCGUAUGUUUCCACGUGAAUGGUACAUGACCGAGAGGGUUGCAGUAGAGUUUUGCCACAUCACAAGGACAGAACUUGCCAAGAUUAUGCGGACCAGAGCUAAGGAAAUUGAAGUGAAAUUGCUUCUUUUUGCUAUUCAGAGAACAACUAACUUUGAGGGGUUUCUUGCAAAACGCUUCUCCGGCUGCACCCUGACAGAUGGAACUCUGAAAAAACUCGAGUCUCCACCUCUUUCCACCAAUCCCUUCCUGGAAGAUGAGCCAGCACCAGAGAUUGAGGAACUGGUGAUAGAGAAAGGAGAUUUAGAUCAACCAAAGAAGCCUAAAGCCCCAGACAAUCCAUUUCAUGGCAUUGUUUCCAAGUGUUUUGAGCCUCAUCUCUACGUGUAUAUUGAGUCCCAGGACAAAAACCUUGGAGAGCUGAUAGACCGGUUUGUGGUUGAUUUCAAAGCCCAAGGGCCACCUAAGCCCAACACUGAUGAAGGAGGAGCCGUGCUCCCCAGCUGUGCCGACCUCUUUGUCUACUACAAGAAAUGCAUGGUGCAGUGCUCUCAACUCAGCACUGGGGAGCCCAUGAUUGCUCUGACCACCAUUUUCCAGAAGUACCUCCGAGAAUAUGCCUGGAAAAUCCUCUCUGGCAACCUGCCCAAAACCACAAGCAGCAGUGGAGGGCUGACCAUCAGCAGCCUCCUCAAGGAAAAGGAGGGCUCGGAAGUAGCCAAGUUCACCCUAGAGGAGCUCUGCCUCAUCUGCAGCAUCCUGAGCACAGCAGAGUACUGUCUGGCCACCACCCAGCAGCUGGAAGAAAAACUCAAAGAAAAGGUUGAUGUAAGUCUGAUUGAACGAAUCAAUCUGACUGGAGAAAUGGACACAUUCAGCACUGUCAUCUCUAGCAGCAUUCAGUUGUUGGUUCAAGAUCUGGACGCUGCCUGUGAUCCUGCCCUGACUGCCAUGAGCAAGAUGCAGUGGCAGAAUGUGGAGCACGUUGGUGACCAGAGCCCCUAUGUCACCUCUGUCAUUCUUCACAUUAAGCAGAACGUUCCCAUCAUCCGUGACAACCUGGCUUCCACGCGGAAAUACUUCACUCAGUUCUGCAUUAAAUUUGCAAACUCCUUCAUUCCCAAGUUCAUCACCCACCUCUUCAAGUGCAAGCCAAUUAGCAUGGUGGGAGCAGAACAGUUGCUGCUGGACACACACUCUCUGAAGAUGGUCCUGCUUGAUCUGCCUUCCAUCGGCUCACAGGUGGUGCGGAAGGCACCUGCCAGUUACACUAAGAUUGUCGUGAAGGGCAUGACCCGGGCAGAGAUGAUCCUUAAGGUAGUGAUGGCCCCUCAUGAACCGUUGGUGGUGUUUGUUGACAACUACAUCAAACUCCUUUCGGACUGCAACACAGAAACCUUCCAGAAGAUACUGGACAUGAAGGGGCUGAAGAGAAGCGAGCAGAGCAGCAUGCUGGAUCUCUUCCGCCAGAGGCUCCCCACCCCGCCCGCAGGGCCGGAAGGCUCCAGCUCGCUGUCCCUGCUGGCUCCGACACCAGAGCAGGAAUCAUCUCGCAUCCACAAACUAGAGAAACUAAUCAAAAAGAGACUGUAGGAGCAUUCAGGGGGCAUGGUUUCUCCUGGCCGGUGACCCUCAGCACCCUGCUGCCAGGAAGCCCCCCACCUCUCCUGUGCUUCUCCAACUCUCCGAUCAUCAGUCUUGAAACUUCCUGGGAUGUUUGGAUUGUUGAUGUGUCUCUCCUGUAACCUGUCUUAACUCUUGUCCUAAUCAGAGAAGCCGAAUAAGGGCCAGGUGAUAAAAAAGCAAGUUAAAUGACCUCUGAUUCCAGUGGCAGAGGGUGAAAGGCCUGUUCGCCCUCUGCUUUCAGGCUGCUUUCAUCUGGCCCACUUGUCACUGACUGUCGUCUCACUGCCACACUGCACCCUGUGGCACGAGGCCCUAUUCCCUGCUGUGUGCCUACCCAGGCACCUUGCUGAGAAAGCCUGGAUCUCACCCCUUCCUCCAUCUGCUGCCGUUUGAGGUCCCCUCUGCAGCCAGACCCUAAGAGUUGUUCUCCUCACUCUUUGAGGCGCAGAUGAAUGAAGGGACAGACAGCAGGUAUCAGACACUAGCCUUUCCUUAUGAAGGCAGUGGAAGCAGGAGCACUCUUCUGUGUAAAUGCCACUCUCCCGAUACAUGUUUUGCUUCUGGUACAUUUUACUACUUGGCCAAGAUACCCCAGUGUUCUCCCCUUUGUCAGGCAUCUCCAAUCCCUCUCUGUAUGCAUCCUCAGGAGAGCUUCCCUCUGUGUCUGUCUGCCAGGAGGACUGCAUGUGCCAGGCCUUGGAAGCAGGUGUCCCCUCUGCCAUAGGGUUCCUGGCCUGGGUGUGAGUGCAGACCUGUAUCUGCCUUGGAGAGAGGGUUCUGCCUGCCACACUGACUGUAUGAUGGAAGCAGAUUAUUCUUUCCAUUUCUUUAUUCCCAGUGUGCUCCUGACUUCUAGGGGAGGGAUUGCCUUCGUGAAGAGAAACCAGGAAGUUUUCCUAGAAAAAGUUUGCUGGACUUUCUCCUCAAAUGAAGCUGUGGGGCAGCCCAGGAGGCCUAAACCCUCAUCCCCUUCCUACCCAUUCAUUUUCAAAUCCAAAGUACUUUCCACAGUCAUCUGAAACAACAGAGGUGGUUUGUAGUGCCAGAGCUACAUACUGCUUUAUUACUACUGAAAAAGGACCCAGACCUUAGAAACAAAAUAUUGACCUAAAGAGGUGCUCAGAACUUGGCACAGCCCAGAACGCACCUGACCCCUGGCCUGCCCGCCCUGUCACCACUGGUGCCCGGCCAGCCAGGCUUUGCAGACAAGAAUUGCCUCACAGAACUGCUUCCGUCCCCACACAUCAUCCUACAGAAUGCGAACAUGCAACACACCAGGUAGUUGCCCGUAUUUGCCUGGUUCACUGGAAACCACGCCUCAGUUAACCGUGACCAUGGCCUCAGGGAGCUGCUGUUAGUGUCAGCAUUCAUUCGGGGAUUAUGAGCAAUUUGUUGGCGAGGUCGGGGGAGAGCUCAGCAGGAGGGUGAAGCUCUUUACAGAGAAUGUGCAUAACAGGCCUCAGGAUAUCAAAUAGCACUCAAGAUGAGUAUUCGGGGUAGAGAAGGUUUCCUGAAAAUCCAAACUUCAGGAUUUGAAACUCUGACCAGAAAGUGGUUAUUUCUCCCCUUCUUGGUUUCCAGUAUAACCAUUCUGCCCUAUUCCCUUUCCCUCUCCAUCAGCCUCUCCCAGACUCAGUCUGUCAGCCCCAGCUUCGAUCCUGGGCCUCAUUUCUUCAUCAACCUCCAGCCUGUUCUUGUUAGUGUGCCCCUUAUGCAUUGAGCAUCUCAACUGGAGGACACCGAGAAGAAAGUAAGUGGUGGAAGACAGAGGUGUGCGGCCGUAGCUGAGCUCUCUUAGGGCAAGACUGUUCAGCAAGAGCAGGACAGGCAGGGGGGGAGAGCCUUGGGGGAGGACCUGGGCAGCUCAGCAGGUAGAUUGCACUUUCCCCAUACACAGUCUGCACCGAUGGGGUUAACAUUCUCUUCCUGCUCUUGAAAGGAGGGGUGGUGGGCCCACCUCAGAACAGCACAGCCUCUUCAGUCAGCAGCCAUUGACCUGCAGAGCCAGGAAAGCCACUCUUGCACCUGGUUCUCUUCACUCUGUGUUUACAGAUCCAUGCUUCCCUUUUUGGAUUGUUCCUGAGUCAUUUUCUGGACAUCCCUGUAAUGGCAUUGAGAUGUCAGGCUGCUGUUUUCCCCCAGUUGGUGGUCACAGCCAGGGAAGUUGCUUUCUUGAUUUAUUGCAUUGUCAUUAAUCUCCAAGGAGCCAACAGAUGUCAGUAGGAGUUAUGUUAAAUGUUUCAUUGAUGGGGUCUGAAUGCUGUGUAUGCAUCUUGUAAAGACAGAGAAUGUUUCUCAACUGGGGGUAUGCAUUGGAACCACCUGGGGUCCUUUUACAAGGACAGAUGCCUGGAGAUUCGGAAUCGGUACGUCUGGAGUAGGGCCCCGCAUAUAGAGUUAGAAGUCCCAUAGGUGAUUAUGAUGUUUACUGCUUGUAACAUUGCAGUAGAGAGAAAUUUGUUUUACUGAAGGGCUCCUAUACUACAUUUCCAUAAAUAUAUACUUUUUCUGGCUCUCUAAGCAAGUGUAGUUACUGUACAAUAAACUGGUACUAACAUGGUAAAGAUUCUUUCCUGGUAGCCAGCAGUUUUAAUUUUAAACUUGCAUGGGUGGUAGGGACCAUGCCAGAAAUAAUGCUGUCCCCAUACUAACUAGGAUUCUUCCUGUUUUGAUGACCAAGCCCCAAACAGAAAGUUUAUUUAUUAUUGUCACUUCGAAAUAACGUUUAUAAAGGAGCACUCAUUGAUAAAAACAAUACCUAAGAACUGUGUUAUUCAGCUAAGUUAGAUAUUGUACCUGUUCCUUCCCCCACUUUCCCUAGCCCCUUUAAAAAAAAAACAAUUUUGAGUGGUUAAAAUAUUGUGGUUAAAAAUAAAUAUUGGUAAUUUAUAAUUGAUAAGGAGUUCACUGCUGCUUUUAUUAUGGACACACUUCCUAAUAGAUGCCUUAGAGGUACACAGGCUGGAGCAAGUUCCAUUUGGAUCAUGACAGUGAAACGAUAACCGCAGUGGACAGGGUGUUUUGACCUCCCAGUUCAGUGCCAGAAUUGAAGCUACCUGUUGCCAUGCCUCCCUCUCUUGAAAGGAACCAGUGCCUAGGACUUUGCCCGCCACCCAAAAGAGAAUGCCUACUUCCUCAUGCCUCUGGUGGCUCAUUAGAGCAGGUCAGACAGGACUGAUGGCAGAUUGCCAAAGACAGUCUGGGGCAAGCUGGGUAAACAGGCAGAUCCAGGGCUGCUCCCUGAGAUGGGGGAUGUCACACCGGCCCAUCCUGAAUUGCCAUUGGACAAGAAAGUUCCCUUUUUAGGAAAUGCUAGGAGAAAUGCCAGAAGUUCACAGCCGGAAAUGUAAUUUCUCUCCCCAGGAAGAGAAGUCUCCAAAAUAACUAGCUUGCUUGAGGGUGAAAGCAAGUGUUUCACACUUCUUGUCUACUCCAAGUCAGACUGCUAAAAAUAAAAUCACUAGGACUGCCAUUGGGCCAUUUAACCAAUAGCCUUGGAAACAUGGACAUAUGAAAAGCUGGCAUGCAUAAAGAGUGCUGUUGCAUAUUAUAUAGUAAAUAAAAAUUUCCAGUCUCAUUCUAGUAUUUAUCAAAAUAGAUACUCUCCAGGACCCUCAAAGUUCUAUACCUUAGGGAGAUACAGAUUUCCUUAAAGGGAUUGCUUUUUUGUGUAAAUAUCUUUUAUUUUCCCCAUCUGGAAGUGAUUUCUUGGUGCAUAUUGGAGCAUAAAAUACUACAGUUAAUUAAAGCAUUACUGCAUGUCAUUUGCUAGGAUGUAUUUCCUUACUGUUGACAGAAAACAGAACAGACUGUAGGAAAGAAUUAGCAAGCCUGUGAACCUGGGCUCCCCUAUCAGGGUCUGCCCUUUUCCCUGGUGAACACGUGCCCCAUUCCCUGGCGGCCUAAGGAAGCGGCACCCAAAAAUAGCACGUGCUGCUCAUCAGCACAGUCCUGGCAUGUCCACCUGGGGUGGAGGCCCUCUAUGUAAAUACACAUAAAGUGUUGCUUCUGAUUUGCGCUCUCAAUUUCUAUCCUGUUGACUUUCCCCACCUUACCAUUCCAGUCACAGCCUGCUUUUCUUUCCAUGUGACUGCCUAAUGGUUUUUCUCCUCUACACAGUUAGGUUAAUCCUGUUUCCUUAAUAGCUGGGUCGGCAUUUUGCAGUGAACUUUUUGGGAAGUCUGAUGUCUCUCUCAGCAGUGGAAAAGUCUGUCGCAGUACUUCCAUUAGGUUGGCUUCGAGAUCAUUACCUAGUUUCCAUUCCUUAUUUUUACCAGCAUCCCACUUUGGGGUGGCCAGAGAUCAAUCUGAGAAGGAAAAAAAACAUAACUCACCUAGAA